AUGCUUGCUGCCAUGGGACACAACGGAUCUCUCUACAAGUACGUAAACAGUUCGUUGGGCUUGGAUGUGGACUUCAUGAAGGCAGCGCUUCAGCAGGCUCCUUGCCGGAACUGCCCUCUUCCGACUUGGCAAUGGCAUACUUCACCAGCUAUCUGCAUGGACAAGACCUUUAUGCUGCUGAUGGUUGCCCGGCAAGGUGUGGCACUGCAAUACGCAGGAAGCGAGCUCAGAGAUGACGAGGAGCUGGUCCGAGCAGCGAUGCAUGCAUACCCGCUGGCCUUCCAGUAUGCUUCUUACGCGUUGAGAGGCAACCGUGCAUUUGCCACGUAUGCCGUCGGAGUGUCUCUGCAAAAUCUCUUUUACGUCUCCGAGGACUUGAGAAGUGACAGGAACUUCGUUCUUUUCUGUCUCCCAACUUACUAUAUGGGUCAGCCUCAGGCAGUUCAAGUUACAACGAUUCUCAAGAAGCUGCCUGAGACCUUUGCUUCAGAUCGGGAAGUGGUGUUGCGGGUGCUGCAGGCUUUGCCGCACUGGCACCGCAGAGCGGAGCUGAUGCGAGCCAGCAGAGAUCUACACUGCGACGCCGAGCUCAAGGAGGUUGCUGGGCUUCAGCUUUCUCGGUUUGCCGUGCGAGGGUACACAGACGUGCACCUACCCGCGCCACCUUUGACUGCCGAGAGUCGGAAUGCACUCCAGUACUCGACGACUGCGGCGCAGAACAAGCAGUCCUUCUGGCGUGAGCUUCUUCACAAAGACCCAGCUGUUCUUGCAUUUCUGGGCAAGGAUGAGGCCGUCGACGAGAAGGACUUGGUGCUUGCAGCUGUGAAGAAGGACGGCCGCAUGCUGGAAUAUGCCAGCGAGGAGCUGCGUAUGGACGUUGACCUAGUCCUGGCCGCCUUGGAGAAUGAUGCAGAUGUGUACGACUUCCUGCCAGAGGCCAUGCGCUGCAGGGAAGAAAUUGCCUUGCUGGCCUUUCGGAAACAUCGUAUCAAGUUGCCGAAGCCUCUUCUGUCCAAUCGUCACGUGGUAGUAGAAGCUGCCGCAAUGCAAGACAAAGCCACGGAGGUAGAGAAGAGGCGUCUGCAGAAACUUCCUUUGGCUCACCUUGUCGCGAAGUUCGAGCUGGCAUGA